AGUGAUUAUAUUUUUAAUUUAGAUCUUAUUUGUUAAUACAGAAAAUAUAUGUUUAUGUUUUUUAUUACAAAUUUCUUAAUUACGAUUGAAAUAAAUCAGGUAUCAAUGGUAAGGUAUUAGCCCGAACGGUGUGGAUAAUUAGUCAUGCCAGGUUUAGAAGAAAGUAUUUCACGCGAUACUAGUUCACGCAUGCACAGCCUAAUGUCCGAUGGAAUCGCUUCCGAACAAGUAAAAAAGUUUCUAUUUACUUCUCGGAAAAAUCAGGAUAACAUACAGUGCAACGAAAGUUUGGAGAUUUACAUUCCAGAGUUACUUCAAGCUAAUUAUAGUUUCUAUACAUGGCCUUCUGCACCAGUGUUAGCUUGGUUUCUCUGGGAACAUAAAGAAGAGCUCAUUGGAAAAAGAGUUUUGGAGCUUGGAUCAGGCACAGCUCUCCCUGGAAUUUUAGCCAGCAAAUGUGGUGCCAAUGUUAUUUUAAGCGACUCUGCUAGUUUUCCUAGAAGUCUGCAACACAUAAGAAGAAGUUGUGAAUUGAAUGGUAUUUUAUCUCAGGUUCAAAUAAUUGGUAUUACGUGGGGAUUAUUUUUAUCUAGCUUAUUUUCCAUUGGGCCAUUAGAUUUAAUUCUUGGAUCUGAUUGUUUUUAUGAACCAACAUUGUUCGAGGACAUAGUUGUUACAGUAGCAUUUUUAUUAGAAAAAAAUCCAAAUGCAAAAUUUCUUUGUACCUACCAGGAAAGAAGCGCAGAUUGGUCUAUAGAACAUUUAUUAAAUAAAUGGAAUCUUACAUGUACUCAUAUAUCACUGACUGGUUUAGAUACUUCAUUCACGUGCGUAAUAUUCCUUGGACUGUUUCUCACUUUGACCUUGAAAAACAUUUUGCGACAUUCGGUAAAGUGAAACAUGCAAGAGUACUGUUUAACAAAUUCGGUCUCAGUACAGGCCAAGGAUUCGUAGAAUUUGAUACUGAAGUAGCGAUGCAACACGCGCUUAA